AUGCCGACAAGUGCAUCUGAGUUAGUAGGCGAGCUUUGCAAAUUUAUCAUGUCUAUAGACCAUGCUGAAACUUUGGAGAAAGAAUGGAUUCGGAGCUAUGAGUCUCAACUGAUUAGUUUAAGCCUAAAAAAGAUACAGGAAAUAAUGGAUGUGCAAAAGCCUAUGGACAAGGAUUGUUUCAACAUGGGUGUGAGGAUGUUCGCUUGCGACGAGAUCAACUUGUUAAUGGACACCCAAUAUCACUACAUGGACCUUCAGUUCUGGUUGUUGUGUGACUUCGGACGACAUCCAAAAUAUAAAAGGAAGCUUGAUGUCCAGUUGUUGGCAAAAACAUUUGAUACGUGGCCUGGGAUGGUGUACAAUAUUUCACAGUGCAAGUUGAUUCUAUUACCGAUAUGUCAACAUGGGCAUUUCAUACUAUUUGCAUUCGACAUGGAGGCUAGAAGUGUAUCGGUAUUGGACCCACUGCCUAUACCGGAUUUUUUUAAAGGACAUGAACUCAUAUGCUUCUAUCUAUUGAGAACUCUCAAAAUUUCCAAUAAAUUGAAUCUAGCUUUAGAAGUAGCAAACCCCCCGUGGAAUGACGACAUAUGUUCGACUCGGGGUUUUUUUGUUAUUAACUUCAUGCGCGCGUGGAACGGUAAACAACUACAACCACCGAUUUGCACUGAUGUGCGCGAACUUAGAAAGAAGUUCUUGGUUGACCUGCUGAAAUAUAAUGGGAAUGAAUCAAAAGACAACAUCCCUGAAGUUGUACAAAAAUUAAUUAAACGCAUCAGAUAG